UUUUCUAUCCUCCCACAUCCAAAUAUACUAUCCAUUCUUGUAAGCAACAAAAAAAAAUCCAAAAUAAUGUAUUCCAUAGCCAAAUUUUCUAAUCAUAAAGACACAACCAUGAACACCACAAAAAGAUACAAUGAGAUAUCUCAUUUUAGCCAUCAAAAACAUAAACUAACAUUUCAACACUCCGAGUUUCCAUUCAAAUGUGAUGGCUGCAAAGAAAUUGGCAUAGGUUCGCGUUACAGCUGCAACAUUUGUGACUAUGAUCUUCACAUGCAUUGUUCUAUUCCAUCCCCUUCUCUUUUCCACCCUUUCUACCCAAAAUGUUGCUUCCAAUUCCUCUCAAAGCCACCGGGAGACAUACCUCGUUAUUGUAACGCUUGCGAAAAGAGUGUCACCGGUUUUGUCUACCACUGCUUUUCAUGUGGUUUUGAUCUUCACCCUUGUUGUGCAAAGCUUCCAAUGAUACUUGAUGAUCAUGGUGAGGUGAAGUUGUAUCUAUAUCGGAAAGUGAGUUCGUCGUGUCAACGUUGUGGACAAAAAGGACGAAGCUGGAGUUAUAGAUCAUCAUGUAAGAAGUAUAACUUGCAUGUGGCAUGUGUGAGGGAGAUGAUUGUGGAGAGCUGGCAUCAGAUGUAUGUCGGACGAAGUAAUGGAAGAACAACAACAAUGUCAACAAUGGUUGAGACAGGGGUUCCUAUGAGUUUGAAGAAUAAUCUGCAUACUGUGCAUAAUGGAGGUAGAAAAAGCAAAGGGAAGGUGAGGAAGUGUGCUGAGAUGGCUGGAAUGGCUGUACAGAUCGUUGUCUCAGCUGUUUUGGGAGAUCCAACGGUUCUUAUUGCUGGGAUUAUGGGGUCGUUGAUAUCGCGAUCUUGAUCUUGUGGUGGAUGGUAGUUCAUUGUAUUGUAUCAAAUAUCUGCUAUUGUGAAAAAUGUCAGUGGAAUAUUUGUGUAUCAAUUUCAAUGAAUAUAUAUUCAUAUGGAAAUUCUUAUCUUGGAUUUCUUUUGAUAUUGUUUAGGGGUUUUAUGUUUAGAAAUUUUUUGCUUUGAUCAUGACUAUGAGCUUAAUUCAAAUCUUGACAAACUAAUUAACCUGUAAAAUAUAUCUUCCUUUUGA